AUCCAAGAUUUAAAGAUCUAAAUUUUUUAACUCAUGUGAAACGAAAAGAAGUGCAUAAAUAUAUACAUAAUUUAAUUUUAAAAUAUCUUGAAAAUAAUAAUCAGUGUAAUUUAAAUGAUAUAGAAGAGAAUUCUGGUUCCUUAAAAUCAGCUUUAUCAUUAUUUUUUGAAGAUGUUUCUGCCAAGGUUUAUUAA